AGGGGCCUCACACUUCGAGUCGCGGGAGCUGCGGGUCUUACUGGGAGAGACGCUGCACGUGGAGCCCGCGCCCCUGCUGUUCUCAGCCGGCUCUGGAGCGCGGGUGGGGGCGACGGGGCCGAUUCCGGAGCGGGUAUUGACAUAGAAUUCUGGAAAAUUGGUUCCAGAAAAAGAGCUAAGACCCACUCAAGCACUGGAAUCUAAGAUUUGGAUAAUUUCCCAAACCUCUCCACUGCUUCUCUAAACUAGAUUUGGAAUGAGAGAGAAAGAGAUCAGUUCAGAGACCAUGAGUAACGUGAUUUUUUUCCAAAAUGACUGAGUUUUUGAAAUACUCCAACCAUGACUAAAAGAGAAGCAGAGGAGCUGAUAGAAAUUGAGAUUGAUGGGACAGAGAAACCAGAGUGCACAGAAGAAAGCAUUGUAGAACAAACCUACACCCCAGCUGAAUGUGUAAGCCAGGCUAUAGACAUCAAUGAGCCAAUAGGCAAUUUAAAGAAACUACUAGAACCAAGACUACAGUGUUCUUUGGAUGCCCAUGAAAUUUGCCUGCAAGAUAUCCAGCUGGAUCCAGAACGAAGUUUAUUUGACCAAGGAGUAAAAACAGAUGGAACUGUACAACUUAGUGUACAGGUAAUUUCUUACCAAGGAAUUGAACCUAAGCUAAACAUCCUUGAAAUUGUUAAACCUGCGGAAACAGUUGAAGUAGUUAUCGAUCCAGAUGCCCACCAUGCUGAAGCAGAGGCACAUCUUGUUGAGGAAGCUCAAGUAAUAACUCUUGAUGGCACAAAACACAUUACAACCAUUUCAGAUGAAACCUCAGAACAAGUGACAAGAUGGGCUGCUGCUCUGGAAGGUUAUAGGAAAGAGCAAGAACGCCUUGGGAUACCUUAUGAUCCUAUACAGUGGUCCACAGACCAAGUCCUGCAUUGGGUGGUUUGGGUAAUGAAGGAAUUCAGCAUGACAGAUAUAGACCUGACCACACUCAACAUUUCCGGAAGAGAAUUAUGCAGUCUCAACCAAGAAGAUUUUUUUCAGCGAGUGCCUCGGGGAGAAAUUCUAUGGAGUCAUCUGGAACUUCUUCGAAAAUAUGUGUUGGCAAGCCAAGAACAACAGAUGAAUGAGAUAGUUACAAUUGAUCAGCCUGUGCAAAUUAUUCCAGCAUCAGUGCAGUCUGCUACACCAACUACCAUUAAAGUUAUAAACAGCAGUGCGAAGGCAGCUAAAGUACAAAGAGCUCCAAGGAUUUCAGGAGAAGAUAGAAGUUCACCUGGGAACAGAACAGGAAACAAUGGUCAAAUCCAACUGUGGCAGUUUUUGCUAGAACUUCUUACUGACAAGGAUGCUCGAGACUGCAUUUCUUGGGUUGGUGAUGAAGGCGAGUUUAAGCUAAAUCAGCCUGAACUGGUUGCACAAAAAUGGGGACAACGUAAAAAUAAGCCUACAAUGAACUAUGAGAAACUCAGUCGUGCAUUAAGGUAUUAUUAUGAUGGGGACAUGAUUUGUAAAGUUCAAGGCAAGAGAUUUGUGUACAAGUUUGUCUGUGACUUGAAGACUCUUAUUGGAUACAGUGCAGCAGAGUUGAACCGUUUGGUCACAGAAUGUGAACAGAAGAAACUUGCAAAGAUGCAGCUGCAUGGGAUUGCCCAGCCGGUCACAGCGGUAGCCCUGGCCACUGCUUCUCUGCAGACGGAGAAGGAUAACUGAGCCCAGCACCUUCUGGGAGCCCGAGGUCUUUCUUAAAUAUUAGAGCAAGUAUUGCUCUUACCUUUAUUACUGAAUUUGAAUCUUCUUUUAUUUCUAGACUGUACAAUCUGAUGCAUGAUUUUUUUAUAAAUAUUUCAUAUUCUUGUGAAUUUGGAUCUUUUUACUUUGAGCAUAUAUUUUAGAAUACGUGUAUGUUAAGGAUCACCACAAUGUCUUCAGCACGAAGUCAGGUUCAUUGUGGGAUAGUUUGUUAACAGUCAGGAAAGCUAAACUGGUCAGUAUUAAUGUCUAGCCCUACCAAAAAUAGCCAGUAGCAUCUGAGGAUGAAAAAUAAAUGAAGUAUCUCCAGGAAACAGUCUGGCUUAACUAUUUUUGAAAAUAUAACUGUUUCCCCUCUCUGCUGCUUUAGAUGUUGCUUUACAUAGAACCAGAAAAUGGAAUUUUUCACAGCUAAAGCAUGUGUGCCUGUUUCAUCUAAUCAAGCAGAGCUAAAAUAUUCAUAUCGAAUAAAAUUAUAAUAUUAAUAAAUUA